ACGCCCUCCUCCCUGUUUCCUCCUAUUGAACUCCAGGUCCAUCAUUUUUUUCCCUCAUAAACAACUAACCUUCACAAUGAAUGCUGCAAUUUUUCCACUGGUGUUCCUGAUCAUCUUUGGAGCAACUGUAAUGUUUUGUGACGGACGGAUUGGAGGACCAUCAGAACGAUGUUUAUGCCAAAAAACAAAUCUACAAAAAAGAGUAAAGCUUCAACUUGUGGAGACGGUCCAGGUCUUCAAUCCAAGUGCCUCCUGUUCAUACACUGAGAUGAUAAUCACUUUGAGAAAUGGAAGAAAGUUUUGUCUGGAUCUAAUAGGAAGACAAGGCAGAAGGAUUUUGAGUGGAAAAAAUCAAAAGAAACAAUCCAAGGGAAAGACAAAUCCAAGACAAAAAGGCAAGAAGCAGAAGAAGAACAAGCAGCAAGUCUGAAAUGCACAUCUAAUCACUAAAGAAGAUUUUUAGUGAUUUAGUUUGAUAUGAGUUUAACAAAAAAAAGUAUAAGAUGCAGUGUUACCAUUUUGAUUUUGAAAAUAUAACAGUGUACAAUUGACAAUUCUCUUGUUUAAAAAAAGAAUAAACGAGGUUGUGUGUUCCUUGGUUUUAACUAAUGCAACCUGUUUUUUUUGUCUAUAAUACAUGUAUUACAUAGUGUUAUGUUUUUGUUACCCAGAAAUAUAAUAAGAUAUAAUAAAAUGUGUUAUAGUCAACAUCCAAAAUAGAUAUUCACUUAUUAUAAUAACGAGUUAGUUAGGCCAGCACAUUGUGGUUCCUAUUAGUAUAAUGUAGUAUAAUUGUAUAGGAUGGCUAUGAAUGCUGUAACAAUAAAGUCUAACAUAUUGUAAAAUGCACAAAAGAUCACAGAUCUUAUGUUCAGCUGUGUGCAAACUUACAUGACUUAUUUUUUAUGUACAGUAUAUAUUCAUCAAAUGUCGACUUUUGUUUUUUGCAAAUUUCAUUAUAUCUUCUGAUCCAGAUUUACUUGGAAGUACCUGAAUUUACCAAUCCAUAAUGAAUCAAGUGACUCACAAACAGAAGCUUUUCUACACUUUCCAUUUAUUGCACAAUGGGAAAUAGCUCUUGGACAUUGCUAAUGAUUUAUCUAACAAAGGCAUAUGUAAAUAGAUUUAAAUACAGACAAUAUAUAAGUAUCCAAAUGUAGCAGGUUUAUAUUUGUUAUCUUUGAACUUAUGUUACUUCCAUGUGUUUAGUUUAUCUGAGAAUUUGACAAUAUAAAAAAUAUUAAACAAUAAAUUCCAUUUU